AUGAAAUUGACACCAGAGGAGGCAGAGUUCAGGUCCUUUCUGAGGAGGAAGUAUCAGCAUCUGUUUGAAGGAGUACCACAUCAGGGAGACGCCAGACUCCUCCAGGACAUCUACACAGAGCUCUACAUCACAGAAAGGGAGGGAGGAGGGGUCAAUGAAGAACAUGAGGUUGGACAGAUAGAGAGAGCAUCCAUGUUUCAUAACAAAUGCAGUUAUAUGAGUGGUGAUGAGGUAAGAGAGCAGUCUGUUGAUAUUGAGGGAGAGCAGUCUGGUGAUAUUGAGGGAGAGAAAGAUUCUGAUGUUGAGAGAGAGGAGAAUUCUGAUAAAGAGGUAGCAGAGGAUUCUGAUGACAGACCAAUCAAAUGCAGUGACAUCUUUAAACCCCUACAUACACACAUGGGUCUUUGGCAAAACAAACCAAUCAGAGUAGUAUUGACAAAGGGAGUGGCAGGCAUUGGGAAAACCGUCUCUGUGCAGAAGUUCAUUCUGGACUGGACUGAAGGAGAAACAAAUCAGGACAUUCAAUUCAUUUUUCCUCUUCCUUUCCGAGAGCUGAACCUGAUGAAGAAUACAAAACUCAGUCUUGUGGAGCUUAUUCAAUGCUGUUUCACUCAAAUUAAAGAUCUGGAUGUGCUCUCCAGUUGUGAGCAUAAAACUCUGCUCAUCUUUGAUGGUCUGGAUGAGUGCAGACUUCCUCUUCAUUUCAAAUCCAACCCGAGUUGUUGUGAUGUUACAGAGCCAGCCUCAAUAGAUAUGCUGCUGACAAAUCUUAUUAGUGGGAAUCUACUUCCCUCUGCUCUCAUCUGGAUCACCACCCGGCCAGCAGCAGCUGGCCUGAUCCCUCCUGACCGUGUGGACAGGGUGACAGAAAUUAGGGGGUUCAACGAUCCACAAAAAGAGGACUACUUCAAGAAGAGAAUCAGUGAUGAGAACCUGGCCAUGCGAGUCAUCAACCACCUGAAGUCAUCCAGAAGCCUUUACAUCAUGUGUCACAUUCCAGUUUUCUCCUGGAUUUUGGCCACUGUUGCAGAGAGAACAUCAGAGAGAGGAGAAAUGCCAAGGACUCUCACUCAAAUGUACACUCACUUCCUGAACAUUCAGAUAUGCUCCAAGAAAGAGAAGUACACAGAGAGAAGGGAGACAGAUGAAGAGAUGGUUUUGAAACUGGGGAAACUGGCUUUCCAACAGCUGGAGAAGGGCAAUCUGAUCUUCUACGAGGAAGACCUGAGGGAAAGUGGCAUUGAUGUCACAGAAGCAUCGGUGUUCUCAGGAGUGUGUACGCAGAUCUUCAGAGUGGAGGCUGAGCUGUGCCAUGGGAGAUUGUUCAGUUUUGUGCAUCUGAGCGUCCAGGAAUUCCUUGCAGCAUUAUAUGUGUUCCUCUGCUUCUCCAACAGUGCCAGAAACAUGCAUCACCAACAUCAACGUUCUAAACUUUCUGCUCUGUUCAGAGCUGCAACACUUCAAGACCUACAUAAGGCUGCAGUGGAUAUGGCAUUACGGAGUAUGAAUGGACACCUAGACCUUUUCCUCCGUUUCCUUCUGGGUCUCUCACUGGUGUCCAAUCAGAAGCUCUUAAGACACUUAUUGCCAGAUACCAGUAGCCAACCACACAGCUUAGAGCAAACAGUCCAGUGUGUCAAGCACAAUCUUAGCGUGGCACAGUUAUUCCCACUUAAUUUGCAUAGACUGAUCAACCUGUUCUACUGUCUGAAUGAGCUUAAUCAGCAUGCUGUAGUGGAAUACAUUGACAGGAGUUCAGGAGCUUUGCUUGUAGAGAUGCUCUUACCAGGCAAGUGGGAGACUAGUGUCUUUAGGUUUGAGUUAUCAAAAGAGCAACUGGGUGGGUUUGACCUGCAGAAGUACAUAAAGACACCAGAGGAGGAUCUGACUGAGCUCCUCAGCCCAGAUGACGUCCUUAAGAAACUGUUUCCAGUAGUUAUUUCAAUGGCCACAUCAGCAGAACUGGAAGGUUGUUACCUCACAGAGAAGACUUGUGCAGCAAUAGCAGCUGCUGCCAGAUCAACCUUCUGCAGUUUGAAGACGCUAGACUUGAGUCACAAUGCGCUUCAUGAUGAAGGGGUUCAGCAUCUCUCACACCUCCUCAAUAAUCCUCAGUGCAAACUGGUGAAACUAGAGCUACAAGCUUGUUCUCUCACAGAGAAGAGCUGUGCUGCAAUAGCUGCGGUUGCCAGAUCAACCUCCUGCAGUUUGAAGACACUAGACCUGAGUCACAAUGCGCUUCAUGAUGAAGGAGUUCAGCAUCUCUUAGACCUCCUCAUGUGCAAACUGGUGACACUAGAGUUGAGGAAGUGUUCCCUCACAGAGAAGAGUUGUACUGCAAUAACAGGGGCUGCAAUAUCAACCUCUUGCAGUUUGGAAAUGCUAGACCUGGGUUACAAUACGCUUUACGAUGCAGGAGUUCAGCAUCUCUCAGAGCUCCUCAAGGAUCCUCGGUGCAUGCUGGAGACACUAUUGCUGCAAGGUUGUUCCCUCACAGAGAACAGUUGUGAGGCAAUAGCAGCUGCUGCCAGAUCAACCUCCUGCAGUUUGAAGAUGCUAGACCUCAGUAAGAAUCCGAUUCAUGAUGCAGGAGUCGAGCAUCUCUUAGGCUCCCUCAAGGAUCCUCAUUGUAAACUGGAAACACUAGUGUGAGUGUAACAUCAGGCCUGUAGGUGGUGUCAGUG